GAGUUCGUGGCUAGUUAACUAGUUAAUCGCAUCAAGGUAACGGCAACACACCGGCUUCCAAGUUUUAUGGUCAAAAGUGAAGUGACUACGAAUCGUGUGGUAUUAAUUAAACCAACGCGCUUUCCUCUAAUGCCGAACAAAAAUCUAAAAACAGGAACAGCCAGCGCAUUUUCAUCAUUUCACUGCUAACGGAGAAGCAUUGAUGAGGCUACAGACAGCUAACGGGCUCUGCUGCUGAGAAAACGAGUGGAACACAACACCGUAAUUACCAGACAAUGUGUCGGUGCGACUAGCACAGUCAUUACGGUAAAUGCAGGCUGCGGAGCCCCUGUGUGUCCGACAGACCCGGAGUUGCACAGAAAGACACUGCGCCGAACAGCCAGUGUUAGAUGAGCAGUGUUGCGGAAUUAAGCCUGACAUGAAAUCACAGCAGAGCAACAGAUCUAAGAACCAGAUAUCUGACAUAGGUCUUGGAUGUUAGCCUUUCUUCUCAGCCGCGGACAACAUCCCAUCUAGUCAGGUGUGACUUGAAGGCUGUCCCAGUUGGAUUUUUGGUAUUCCUCUGAUAAACCUGACAUUAAAACAGUGAGAUUUGGAGAGAGCACAGAUUUUUUGCAUCUAGCGUGACUCACCAUCCAGUCCCAGACCUUCUUACCAGAAGCCAGAAGGAAAGACCUCACCCCUUGCCCACCCUCCCCUGCUGCUAGCUAGCACCAGCAUGGCAGACAGUCGACAGCCAGAAGACGGUGCCCCCCAGUGGGACCCAUCAGGGGGGCAGGAGCCCACUGGCACCCAUGGAGCCAAUGGCUACUCUUCCUCCGCCUACAGGACCUGCCAGCCUGGUGGGGCACACAUGGCAACAGGCUCCUACUCUGCCAGGGAGAAUGGAUUCAAUGGGGAGCUAACUGGUGCCCCCGCUAUAACUGCAGAACAAGUGUCAGCUCGGAUCGUACAGGAAGUGACAGCAGAGGCAGUCGCAGUACUGAAGGGAGAGCAGGAGACCCAACGGCUGCCAUCAGUUGAAGACACCACAAAUUUGCCUCCCUCCCCUCCCCCCUCACCUGCUGCAGAGCACUUUGGUCCUCUGGAACAAGAUGUAGGGGAUGAGGAGGAGGCGGGCCCUCUCCGCCGCUUCCAAAAUUCUCGGGAGAGGUGCAAGUUCCUCGCCCCCUCCAUCUCAGUUUCCGUGCCCGAGGACGACCCCUACCACUCCGACGAGGAGUACUAUGAGCACCCAUUGUUCAGCCCAGAGUGGACGCACUCGGGCUCCCGCCCCACAGGGCAGGCCGUGGCCUUUAGACAGAUUGAAGAAGAGACCAUGGAAGCUCUUACAGCUGAAUACGAGGAGGAGGUGGAAGAGGAGGAGGAGGAGGAGGAGGAGAGUGCAGAGGCAGCAGAGUCCGAGGCAGCUCUUGAUGAGCAGCAGUGGAGCGGGGAAGAGCCCGAGCUGGACAGCCCCCAAGCUGAGUCCUUAGAGCAGGCAGAGGCCAUAGACGAGGCCCAGGAUGUAGACCUGGAGCCGGCCGAAGCAGCUAGUGCUGCUGCAGAAAGCUCUUUGGAAAGAGAGGAGGAGGAAGCAGAGGGUGAGGAGAGCCCUGACACAGCCUUGAAGAUGGACUCGGAAAAACAGGGCAGCGAGAAAAGUGGUUCCAUGAGCCCAGACAGCAUCGGAUCAGAGAAACGCCCAGAGGAGUUUUUUGAGCCCCAGAUGCAAGGGUUCUUUGCUGGUGAACGAGUCGUACCAGAGAGCCCCACUAUGGAUAUGCCGUCCUUUGUACCUCCGAAUGUUCAAGCCAAAGAAUGUGCCAGAUCUAUCACACUUCAGCCUACAUAUGGCGAGCCGAUCACAGUGUCAGAGAAACAGCCGUCAGUGGAGGUGGUGGAGAUCAGCAGCAUCGGUUCUGCCUCUGAUUUCUCGUCACUGGGAGACAAAGUUCAAGGAGACUUAAUGAGGGGCGCUAGUGACAGAUCUGGCAUGUCAGCAUAUUUUGAAACAUCAGCCAUGGAUGUUGAAGAGGCUCCCCAAUGUAAGGGUGAGGGUUAUUAUGAACUGAGCAGAUCUGGUGAAGAAAAGACUACAAUUGAUGCUAGGCCUCAGGAGAUCAGCUAUAGCACACUAGCUGAGGCUCAGGAUAAACCGGAAACUAAAGAAAGUGCUGCAGAAGACACUAGAGUGUUCACAGUUCCCGACAGGAGUAACGAAUGCAGGCUUUCCCCAGGUAAACUGGCCUUAGAGCAGAGGAGUUACUCGCUUAACAUCACCAUUGGGGCAAUGGAUCAGAGUGGCCAGGGCAAACCUAGGAACUUCUCCCCGCUGGCCACAGAUAUCAUGUCAUACACAAGUGGAAGUCUAGAUGAGUCAGCCGACUACCUCCCAGUCACUACACCCUCCGUGGAUAAGCCUCCGUUGUUGCCUCCCCUGAUCCUGGAGACUGCUGCUUCCAUCACGUCAGAUUCCUCAUCUCCUCCAAGGACCUCUGAACCAGUUUCAAAACCCAGCCCUGAACCGGAGUCGCCAGAAUCACCACAGCCUUUUAAGAACACCUAUAAAAAUGGUACAGUGAUGGCGCAAGACUUGCCUGAAAUGCUGGACCUUGCUGGUACUCGUUCUAGACUGGCAUCAGAAAACACUGAUCCAGAAAUUACCCGAAGAAAGUCAUUUCAAGCAGAUGCCCCACCUUUUGCUGAUGACCCAUUGGCUAACCUAGUUUCAGGUGAACUAAGUCCUGGGACCAGAAAGAGUGAUAGCCAGCUGGAAGAGAUGGGCUAUUGUGUUUUUAGUGAAUAUUCAGGGCCCAUGCCUUCUCCUGCAGAUGUGUUCAGCCCUACAAACACAACAUCACAGGCCUUCACCCCCUCCGUCCUGGAGGAGAAAGUGGCUGAGCAAGCUAGGAAAUUAGCAGUCAGAGACACAUCAGUGGAGGACAAAAGCCAACCAUCAGGAGUUGCUGAUGUCACAGAGGAGACAGACCAGAAGCAAGUGGAGAGAAAAGAUUCUGCUGAAGAAAAGAGCAAGGAGGUUGCAGUUGAAGAGUUAAGAAAAUCUGUAAGUGAGGUGCCACCUGCUCAGCUAAGUGACUCCUUUGUAACACCGACAGUGACUGUGACUCUUGAAGAAGGCGGAAGGUCAGACAGUGAGAUUGAACGGCAAGCCAGUGGCGAAGGCUCAGCAUCAGAAACUGAGAUCGCCGACUACGAGAGGCAGAUUCGCAAAUUGGAGAUGGAGGACAGGCCUCUCAGUUUGGAGGAGGAAAGAGAACUGCAAGAGCUUCGGGAGAAAGUGAAGCUGGUCCACCAGGAGGCCUACGAGGAAGUGGAUGCCGAAGACGUGUACCAGCUGACCGGCGUGGCCAAGGACCGUAUUGCCAGGCCUGUCAAAACUUCACCUGCCUCGUCUGUGGAGAGCAACAUAGACGAUGACAAGCUGCUCUCCCCGGUGCUCUCACCUUCUAAACUUAAACAAAAAGAAAUUUAUGGUUCCCCCAAAAGAACACCUUCACCAGUGUUAGGAAUAAACAAAGAGAAAGAGGAGUCGGAAAGAAAACUUAGGGAAGCAGCUGAGAAGAAAAUGAAAGAAGAGAAAGAGGAGGCAGAGAGGAAAAUCAGGGAAGAGGCAGAAAAGAAGGAGGAGAAAGAAAAGAUAGAGAAGGAACUGAAAGAGAAGGAGGAGAAAGAAAAGAUAGAGAAGGAACUGAAAGAGAAGGAGGAGAACGAAAAGCUAGAGAAGGAACUGAAAGAGAAGGAGGAGAAAGAGAGGAUAGAGAGGGAACUAAAAGAGAAGGAAGAGAGAGAGAAAAUGGCAGAGAUGGACAAAAAGAGAGAAGAAGCUGAAAAACCUGCAGAAGCGGAGAAGGUGCAAGAGGAGGAAGAGGAGGACAUGUUAGAGAAAGCAGGGGCAGGAGCAGCACCCAUAAAGGAGAUCCCAGAGACUCGUGCUGCCAUCGAAUCAGUGGUGACAGUCGAGGACGAUUUUAUCACUGUGGUCCAGACCAUUGAUGAAGCAGAUGAGCCGGGACACAGCGUUCGUUUCUCUGCUCCACCUGAGGCCGAGGCCCUUUGUGUUGCCGCCCAGAAAGAAGAUGAGGAAGAGGAGGAGGAGGAGUCUGUGGAGUUGGCCCAAGAAGCAGACAUGGAGGCUGCAAGUCUGGAAGAGGUGGGUGACAUUCCCGAGGCCCCCGCCUCCCCUGAGAAGGAGGCUCAAACCACAGAAACUGAAGGACCGACGGAAAGCUAUGACAGAGAUGAAACCACAAUGGACGACUCCAUCCUUGACAGCUCCUGGGUUGACACACAAGAUGAUGAUAAGAGUAUGGCGACAGAGCAGAUUGAGCCUUUGCCCAAGGUGCCCACCCCAGUCAAAAAGCCAGCUGUGGUCCAGAACAAGCAGACGCAACCGAAGAAGACUGAAAAACAGGAAAAGCCUGUCAAACCGAAGGCUAAGGGUGGACGGGCUAGAGGCCGAAUCUCCACGCCAGAGCGCAAACCUGUCCGCAAAGAACCUGUCUACAUCCCAAGAGAGGAAGUCAAGAAGAAAAAAGCCGUGAUAAGGAAGGGCGACCUUACCAAAAAGGAGACUCAGAGUCAAUCCCCAGUCAAGAGGAGUGUGAUAAAACCAGCCGUCCGCCAGACCCGCCCCGUCCAGCACCACUCCUGUCCCAGAAGGAGACCUACAGAGGCGCUACCAGACAGUCGUCAGCCUCUCACUGUUGCCAGACAGUCUCGCGACAGAGCAUCCUGCCAUGCCCAUCGUUUACCACUAACAAAGAUCCCCACCUCCAUGUCCAGAGUGGCUGCCUCAUUAGAUAGACCUCGCCCGUCCUCAGCAGAGCCUCAAGGCUCUCCAGUAUUACAGAGACUCAAAGCCAAGGACGGUGGGUCAUGGAGCCCUGAAAAGAGGUCCUCUGUGCCGCGGCACGCCCCCAUUCUGAGUCGCCGCCCAUACCAUGACCAUGAAGAGAGCUCCACUUCCAUCACCAGCUCCGGUUCCACGGCUCCUCGCAGACCCACAUCGUUUCGUCCAGAGAUGAGGGCAGAGCACAGGACAGGACGAGCCCCUAGCAUGACAGCUACCGAAACAGUGAGGUCCCGUUCAGCUCGCAGUGGCCACUCUACCCCCCGCACCCCUGGCUCCACAGCCAUCACCCCAGGAACCCCUCCCAGUUACUCAUCGUCGUCAAGAACCCCUGGAACCCCACGCUCCCUUAGCCUGAUUUCCCAGGAGAGGAAGGUGGCCGUGGUCCGCACCCCACCCAAGUCACCUGCAACUACACCCAAGCAGCUCCGCAUCAUCAACCAGCCACUGCCUGACUUCAAGAACAUCAAGUCCAAGAUUGGCUCCACAGAGAAUAUCAAGUAUCAGCCCAAAGGAGGACAGGUUCUGAUCCCCAGUGUUAAGCUGGACUAUAGCCAUGUUCAGUCUAGGUGUGGGUCCUUGGACAGGCGGGGCUACUCGGCAGGAGGUGGAAACGUGAUGAUACAGAACAAGAAGAUUGACUUGAGCCAUGUGACCUCCAAGUGUGGCUCUCUAGACAACAUCCAUCAUCGGCCAGGGGGUGGUAACGUGCGUAUAGAGACUGUGAAGUUGGACUUCAAAGACAAAGCCCAAGCCAAGGUGGGUUCCCUGGAAAACGCUCACCACACUCCUGGUGGAAGCCGUGUCACGAUUGAGACCCACAGGCUGAUGUUUCGCGAUCACGCCAAGGCACGAGUGGACCACGGAGCCGAGAUUGUUGUCCAGUCACCGGGCCUGUCCGGCUUGGUGUCUCCCCAACGCCACCGGGACAGCCACCUAUCAUCCUCCGGCAGUCUCAACUUGCUAGAGUCCCCGCAAUUAGCAACCCUGGCUGAGGAUGUCACUGCAGCUUUGGCCAAGCAGGGUUUGUGAACACUCUGGAUAUCUGCUCUGCACCGUGGACAUCCUCGCCCUGAUCCUUUCAAACUUUUCUGCCCACUCCUGCCACCCCAUGGCCAACCUCAACUAAACCACAGCCUCUAUACAUCUUCAAGAUCCAUCACUCAACUCUAGAGACUCGAAUUAGGAGCUACUGUACUUUGAUCUUCUUUAUUUCCCAGAUAUGUGCUAUUUCUGAUUCAUUUUGUUGGCCUCUCUCUCUCUCUCUUUGAAUGAUGUUGCAUAGAAUAGUUCAAUCUGAGCACUGGUCGUAGAUUAAGUGGCAUAUACAAAGUGGGGGACCAGGUGAUGGCUUAACUGGUCCUGGAUCAGUGUUAUGAAGAAGCCACAGCCUUUUUUUUCUACAUUAAAUAAGAAGUAAUGUGGCCAGCACACCGUGCAGCACGUGUUGUUCUUGCUCAGUAAAAACGUGCAUGGACGCCAAACCCCCUAACAAACCAAGCAUCGUUAGUGCAAGUCAUUCUUGUCAUCCAAUAUAUAAUAUAUUUAACAAAUAUAUAUAGAAACAUAAAAAUACAAGGUCUUUGCCAUCUACAUGUCCUGAAAACAUUUUAAAAGGAAGUGACAAUAUGGCUAUAAAAUAUACCUGUAAAAUUGCAUUACUGCAAGAACUAGGUCAUGUUAUGACAAGCAUGUAUUGAUUCUAAUAUUAAAA